AUGCAGUUCAAGAACAUUGCCCUCGCCACUUGCAUGGCCCUCUCAGCUUCGGUUGCUGCCUCCGGUGUUUCUGAGAAUGCUACCGACAUCGCUCCCUCUGUUCAGAAGCGCCUCGUCCAGCUUGACCUUGGCUACAAGAAAACUGGUCUUUACCUGAACGCCUUGGUUGACGAUGCUGGUAACCUCACCUCAAGCGCAGUCGUCCAGUCCUACCUGAGCAUUGUCUCCGACGAGUCGGACGAUGUUACCAACAAGACCCAGCCCGCUGCUGGUACCAUUCCCGACACUACCCAGUUGAUUCUCUGCCAGAGCUACCACAGCAUGGCUCUCAGCGGUAUCGAGCUGAACGCUGGCUUCGUUAACCACGCCAACUACUUUAACAAGACUGAGCGUGCCCAGGUCCGCCGCGGUCUGAUGGCCGUCAACGACGAGACCAACAAAUUCUUCUCCGACGUUGGCAAGAAGUCCCUGACCUACUGCGAGGACGCUCUCUCCCUGGACAACCAGGCCAUUCACACGUCUAUCCGCGACGCUGCCAGGGCCCUUGACCCCUCCAAGGCUGCGUUCUAA